AUGGGUUUCUUCUCUUUUCUUGGAAGAGUUCUCUUUGCUUCUCUAUUCAUCCUCUCCGCUUGGCAAAUGUUCAAUGACUUUGGAGGUGAUGGUGGUCCAGCAGCUAAAGAGCUGGCUCCAAAGCUUGAUUUGACCAAAGCACAUCUCUCUUCCAGAUUAGGAGUAGCAUUACCCAACAUAGAGGUGAAACAAGUUGUAUGGACAAUUAUUGCUCUGAAAGGACUCGGAGGCUUACUCUUUGUUAUUGGCAACCUCUUUGGUGCCUAUCUUUUGGCGUUCUACUUGGUGGUUGUUAGUCCCAUUCUAUAUGAUUUCUACAACUUUGGACCCGAAGACCGCCAAUUCUCUCUUCUAUUGACGGAAUUCUUGCAGAGCGUUGCGCUUCUCGGGGCAUUGCUAUUUUUUAUCGGAAUGAAGAACUCGACGACGACCUCCAAGAGGAAUCUGAUGAAGAAGAGGACUCCCAAGCCGAAAGCUGCUUAA